AUUAUAUCAGAAUAUGGAGGACAGUAAAUGAGCACAGUCUAGAGAGUGAGUGAGAGGGAGACUAUUUAUGUCUUUUUCUUCCCUUGGGUUGCUAGAGCGAGACUCCUUUGGGUGAUUGACGGCACUCUGUGUAUAUGUUUGGUGGACAGCACUGUGGGGGCACGCUUCUUCGCUUUUGCAUGUGCCUCAACCACUCCUGGAGCAAAGAAACGCGGCUUUGGACCCCUUCCCAUUCCUAUAAAUAACCACCUUCACUUGCAUACUGAAAACAAGUUUCCUGUGAAUUUAAAUACGUCCUGAUAUGGUUACCUACAAAGUUCUUUGUUCAGUUUUCUUUGCUUUGUUAGGUUUGGGUAUAUGUACUGCUACUAGAGCCCUUCUUAAUCUUGAAGAAAUACCUGGUCACAUUCCAGUUGUUGGCUAUGGAACCGGCCAUGGAGCUGGUGGUGGGGGUGUUGAGGGUUAUGGUGGUGGGGGUGGGGGUGGUUCAGGUGGUGGAGGAGGAGGUGGCUAUGGAGCUGUAGGUGAGCAUGGUGCAGGCUAUGGAGGUGGAGGUGGAGAAGGUGGUGGAGCUGGCUAUGGUGGUGCUGGUGGGCAUGGUGGAGGUGGUGGUGCUGGUGGUGGUAGUGGAGCUGGUUAUGGUGUUGGAGGUGACCACGGUGCAGGGUAUGGAAGUGGUGGUGGAAGUGGAGAAGGUGGUGGAGCUGGCUAUGGUGGUGCUGGUGGUGGACAUGGUGGAGGUGGUGGAAGUGGUGGUGGUGGAGGAGCUGGUUAUGGUGCUGGUGGUGAGCAUGGUGCAGGGUAUGGAAGUGGUGGUGGAAGUGGAGAAGGUGGUGGAGCAGGCUAUGGUGCUGCUGCUGGACAUGGUGGAGGUGGUGGAAGUGGUGGUGGUGGAGGAGCUGGUUAUGGUGGCGACCACGGUGCAGGGUAUGGAAGUGGUGGUGGAAGUGGAGAAGGUGGUGGAGCUGGAUAUGGUGCUGGUGGUGGAGGAGGAGGGGGUAGCGGUGGGGGGUAUGGUGUUGGAGGUGAUAAUGGUGCUGGGUAUGGAGGUGGAAAAGGUGGUGGUGCUGGGGGUGGAUAUGGUGCUGGUGGAGAGCAUGGUGGAGGCUAUGGAGGUGGGGGUGGGAGCGGUGGAGGUGGUGGAGGAGGCUAUGCUUCUGGAGGGGCACACGGAGGGGGAUAUGGUGGAGGAGAAGGUGGUGGUCAUGGUGGUGGUGCAGAGGGUGGCCAUGCUGGUGGUGGUGGCGGCGGCUUUGGAGGUGGUGGCGGUGGUGGUUAUGGUGCUGGUAGUGAGCAUGGAGUUGGGUACGGAGGCGGUGGAGGCGAAGGUGGAGGCCACGGUACUGGUGGCUAUGCUCCUUGAGAAUGCAACUCGUUAUUACACCAACCUUAAGAAAAAUUUACCCAUCCGUUGUGGUGCGAGAAAUAAGAGUAAUCUGGUUAAGAAUAUGUUAAUAAUAUCUACUAUUAUAUAAUUAAUAUGAAGAUUGUUACUCAUGCACUUCGUAUUUUGUAUCAGUAAUAUAAAUUCUUCUUUAUCGGUC